CCUCGGUGGCCCGGCGCGGGGCUUAUAGCGGGGCGGCGCGGCGGGACGCGGAGCGCGGGCGGAGAUGGCGGCCGGCAUGGUGGCACCGUGCGGGUUCCUGGCGCUUCUCCUCUUCAGCGGCAUGGUCACCGGCGCCGCGGGGACAACUGGUUUUAUAAAGUCACCUCUGUCUCAAAAGAGACUGACUCAGGACAGCGUCGAGCUGCACUGCGAGGCGGUCGGCAGCCCCAUCCCCGAGAUCCAGUGGUGGUUUGAGGGCAACGACCCCAAUGAGACCUAUGCUCAGCUCUGGGAUGGGGCACGGCAGGACCGUGUCAAAAUCAACGCCACCUACAACCUGCACUCCACCAGCACCAUCUCCAUUGCCGACCUCACGGCAGACGACUCCGGCAUGUACGAGUGCCGGGCCAGCAACGACCCCGACCGCAACCACUUGUCGAAGAGCCCCAAAGUCAAGUGGAUCCGUUCCCAGGCAAACCUUUUUGUCAUCCAACGUCCAGACAUCAAGGCUCAGGUAGCCACAGUUGCUGGCAAGCUGGUCCUCACCUGUAACAUAAGUGGGUCCUACCCUGACAUCGAGGGCCACCGGUGGGUGCAUGGGGACAAGGUCCUGAAGAACGACGACGACUCGGACGCGUCCACCAGUUACACGAUUGAGGGGAAGAUGGAGGAGCACUCUGGUGUCUAUGAGUGCAUCUACAAAACAAACCCAGUGGUGAAGGCACAAGUGAAUGUUUCAGUUGCACCACAAGUGACGGCGUACAAGAAGUCUGAGCACGGGAACGAGGGGGACACCGGUGUGCUGACCUGCAAGAGUGCCUCCUUCCCCCCUGUUGUCACCUGGGUCUGGAGCAAAAAUGGUCAGGAGCCCAUCGUCAACGGCUCGGGCAGGUACAUCAUCAAGAGCGGCGGCAACAAGACCGAGCUGCGCAUCCUGAAGCUGAGCAUCGAGGAGGACACCGGCGACUACCGCUGCAACGGCACCAACGCCUACGGCACCGGCGGCACCGCCCUCAGCCUGCGCGUCCGCAGCCGCCUGGCCGCCCUCUGGCCCUUCCUGGGCAUCGUGGCCGAGGUGCUGGUGCUCGUCACCAUCAUCUUCAUCUACGAGAAGAGGAGGAAGCCCGACGAGGCGCUGGAUGAUGAUGAUGGAGGUUCUGCCCCACUGAAGAGCAAUGCCACCAACCACAAGGACAAGAACGUCCGCCAGAGGAACGCCAACUGAGAGCCAG